GGUGCUGACUGUGAGGGUGUCGCCUCUGUUUUGUGUGUGAACAGUCUGUUUCCUGCAGUGCCCUUGGACCUGCAUCCCCCAGAGAUGUCAAUCCUGCUGUUUGUACCCCUGGCCCUUCCCUUCCCUUGCACUCACAAGUACCUCCAGCCCCAGCCCCUGUCUGCACAGGCAGCACUCACAGGGCAGAUUUCCCCCCAGAAAGCUGCUGUUUGGGAAGGCCCUGCUCGGAGCAUCCUGCUGAACCCCCCUCAGGUGGUGGGACCCCACCGGCAGCCCCAGUGACCCCCAGCACCAUGGGGAAAACAGCAGCAUCCCCUGUGUUUCAUGCAUCUCUGGCCAGGUGGCAGCAUGAGCUUCCCAGCAUCGACCAGCCCAGGCUGGGGGUUGGCUCCUGCCUGUCGCCAUUAGGUCAGCAGCCCACUGCACACAGGUUUGACAUUGCUGGGAUCGUGGGGAUCCCCAGCUGCAGAAGCAGUGUCCCCGAGCUGCUGCCUCAGGCCACCUCCCAUCCCAUGGGAGCCUCAGGGUGGUCCUGGGGGCAGCCAGCUCACAGCCCCUGCUUCCCCUGAGACAGGUCCCCCAAGGCUUUCCCAUGGCCAGAUGCCCAUGGGGACAGAGUUUAAUGUUUGCUCCACGACAAGGCCUUAUCAGCAACCUUUACCCGUGUUUGCUCAGGCCCUCUGGCCAUUGGGCAGCCAGGCCCGAGUCCCCCCAGGACAAGGUGCGCUCCUGCGCCGCGCUCGCAGUGCUGGCUCAGCGCAUACUGGCAGCGGGUGGCCAGGCCAGAGCACAUCCUGACACCACAGCCAGUGUCCAGCAAUGGAGGCCAGCGAUGACACGGAGGAGCCCCCACUGCUUCUGGCACUGACCAGGUUUCAGGUCUCUGAGGAGUUUGGUUUCCUGCUUCCCGAUCCUCUGACAGAGCUGCCGGCACCCUACGGCCCCUGGAUGGACAUCGCUCGUGAACUGCCCCAGCUGAUCAUGAGCCAUCAGCUCCGCUCACACGUUCACCAGAUGCCGCAGCUGAGCACCCAGCACCUCCGAGGACGUGAGGAGCUGCACUUGGCACACCUGGUGCUCAGCUGCAUCACCAUGGGCUACGUCUGGCAGGAGGGCGAGGAGGGCACCGUGCAGGUCCUGCCCCGAAAUCUCGCCGUCCCCUACUGGGAGGUCUCACAGGCCCUGGGCCUCCCGCCCAUUCUCAGCCACGCAGACUUUGUGUUGGCCAACUGGAGGAGGAAGGACCCCAACGGGCCUCUGGAAAUCGAGAACCUGGACACCAUCAUCACACUGCCUGGGGGAGAGAGCCUGCGGGGCUUCAUCCUUGUCACCCUGCUUGUUGAGAAGGCAGCUGUGCCUGGCAUUAAGGCAAUCAUCGGCGCCCUUCGUGCCAUCCUGCAGUGUGAUGAGGAGACCCUGCACAGAGCCCUGCAGGAGCUGGCAGGGGCCAUCGAGGCCAUGAGUGAGGCGCUGAGGCGGAUGCACGACUAUGUGGAUCCAGAAGUAUUCUACACUGUGAUCCGGAUCUUCCUCUCUGGCUGCCUUCCUGCACAGGAUGAGGGACUACAUGCCCCCACCCCACAGAGCCUUUGUGGAGGAGAUCCAGCGGGCCGUGUCCCUGAAGCAGCACGUGCUCUCCUCGGGGGACGCGCGGCUCCGCGCCACGUUCAAUCGCUGCGUGUCUGCACUGACAGACUUCAGGUCCUACCACAUCACCAUCGUCACCAAGUACAUCACCAUUGCGGCGGCCAAAGCCAAGGCCGGCCGGGCAGAGCCGAAUUCCAGGGCUGGCCCCUCUGGGGGAAAGCCCCCUUCUGCCCUGGAGGCCAAAGGAACCGGUGGGUCCCACAUCUUCAGCUUCCUGAAGAGCAUCAGGAACACCACCAGGGAGGGGAUGAUAAGUGCCUGACCUACCUGAGGGUUGCCCAAAGUGGGUGCAGGAGGCCAAGGGGCUUCGGUGUCUAUCUGCCAUUCACAAGCCAAGAUCCAAAACCUCCCCUCAGCAGCAGCCUUCCCACCUGUGCACGUCUGGGACGGGAGGAGCACGUUCGGUGCUGUUGAGAGAGAACAGUGCUGCUGCUGCUGCCUCCCCCCAGAAGGCACACAGCGAGCUCAGCGUCCUCCCCGGCACAGGGACGGGCACACGGUCCUCCCCUGGCACAGGGACGGGCACACGGUCCUCCCCUGGCACCGACGUCAGCACAUCACCCCUGGCCCCAGGGACGAGCCGUGUCCCUCCAAGCCCCCCUUCUUCCCGGCUCCGCCCCGGGCGUGGGGGCUGCAGCUCGGAUAGACACGGGUGGGUUACACGGGCGAAUAAAGCAGCGAUUCCCGAUCCA